AUGGCGGAAGCCUCGGUGAACAUUAAGAUCGCAGAAGGCGAAGACAGAGAGUUGGUCCAGACGGAAAUCGAGGCAUUGAUCCACCAAUCGGGCUGGGAACUACUGGGAGGCGAUACUAUUCGAAAGACGUUUCAUUUCAAGACAUAUACAAAGGUUUUGGUUAGUGAUCAAAAGCAGCAGACUCUUGGUGUUGAUAUUAUCUUGUCUGAUACUGAAACUGAUUGGAUAUCUCAGGAUUUCAAUAACCUCGUCGGAGUAAGAUGCAAAUCACGGAAUCAUCAUCCGGUGACAGUGCUCAAAUUCUCCUCUGCUACUUUUGAGUGGACUACUCAUUCACCUCAAGGACUCUCUGAGAAAGAUGUUAUCAUGGCAAAGUACUGCGAAGAACAGGCUAAAGAGAUUGGUGAUGUGAAAGCUCAAGAUGCCCCAUCUUGCCAGGGCCCUAAAACAGCCAAGGUCUAG